AUGAAGUUAGGGAAAAAGAGCCGUUACAUCUGCCGGUCGAUGGACAAGUCCGAGGCCGCCUACUGCAUCGCUGUCGCCGUUUCGUCGUUCGACGGCUUCGUCAGCGACGUGGUUCUCGACGAGUUCGGUGGGGUCAAGGAGGAAGUGAUGGCGCAGUAUAAGGCGGACUGGAAUGUGGCGCGAUUGAUUCCGGGGGGCAUGUGGAUGGUCAUGUGGAGCCGAGGGGCGAACGUCUUCCGCGACAGGUUCCAACAGGUGGUCGCGGAAUACAACAGGAUAACCGAAGCCGACCGCGCAGCUCUCAUGUUGGCUCUUCGCCCGGCGGUGUGGUUCGGCGACCUUCCGGAGUCGACCGAGCCCGAGAAGGCCGCGAAGAAGAAGGUGGCGAGCGACAUGAUCGCACGCGUUUCGAUGUGUGCCGCCUUCGCACCGGUGGCCGCGAAAGUGUUGCCCAUUCCGGGCGUCGGGUCGGAGCGGUUGUCCGAGAUCCUCGCCGGUACUGCGGCCGCGGUGUGGUGUUUUUCGGAGACCAAUGCCACGGCGGAAGUAGCGGCCGGCGAAGGGGGGGCAGCAGCGACCGUGCGCGGAGCGUCCAACGAGUUCGCGAGUCGGUGUCGGACCGUCAUCGAGGCGGUGCUUAAGCGGGCGGCCUCCCGGGAGGUCGUCGUAGGGGAGGUCGCCGAAACGGUGACGAAGGACCUGCAGGCGGCUGUGCUGAGGUCGCUGCCUGAGGUCGGAGAGGAGCGCGAGCACGACGAGCUGAUCGCCCGUGUCAUGAUAGAGAACCUCGCCUUCUGGGGGGACUGCAAUGUCGGAGGCCCGAAGCUCAAGGCUCGCGGCGUCGAUUUGCCUAUCGACCCCCAGAUGAAGGUUAUCAUUCGGGACAGGGGGGCGAGGGGGCAGCAGCACAAAGGGAAGCAGGUCGCCGACGCCUAG